UUUCCUGAUUUUUUUCUCCAUAGAGGCGCACGCGCAGAUCUGGAUUCGGCGGACAACUGAACGGCAACCGAAACGAUAAGGUUAGGUCCGUCAGGUCAUGUGUUGAGUUUUAACCUUAUUCAUUUGUCUGUUGCCGAAGAAAGUACAUUCGUUUCUAUAGAUGCCUGUUAAAAAUACACCUCCUACUUCACCAUCUCAUAUUAUGGAUAAUCUCGAUGUUUAUGAAGAUGAUGUGGAAGAGAUCAUAGAAGAAAAUAAUAUCAAUGAUUUGAAUCCAGAAGAAGUAGAGGAUUUAGAGUACAAUGAAGAGGAUUUUGAUGACGAAGAUGACAUGUCAACUGAUGACCCUGCUAGAGACGAUGCCGAUUUAAUUUUCGACAAUCAUACAGGUUCUGUUUUUUGUUGUGAUAUUGAACCAAAGUUGGGCCAGUUUGCAGUGACAGGUGGUGAAGAUGACAGAGCUUUUGUUUGGGACAUAAAUUCAGCAAAUAUCAUCUUGGAAUGCAAAGGACACUCGGAUUCUGUUAUUGGUGCUGAAUUUAGCCAUGAUGGAACAUACGUUGCAACAGGAGAUAUGAAAGGAACAAUACAGGUUUGGAAAAUGUCAACCAAAACCUGUGUGUGGGACACAAAUACUGAUGAAUUGCUGUGGUUGAAAUGGCACCCUGCAGCAAAUGUUCUCCUUGUUGGCACAGAUUUAGGAGAUGUAUAUGUGUAUAAAGUUCCAAGUGGUGAAUUCAAAAUAUUAGCUGGUCAUGGUAGUAAAAGUAAUUGUGGAGUGGUAAUGCCAGAUGGUAAACGACUUGCAGUUGGCUACAAUGAUGGCACAGUUAAAGUUUUUGAUAUUAAAAUGACAAACACACUACAUCGACUGCAAACUGGAAAUCCUGAUUCAGAUGCUUGUAUCACUUGCAUGGAUGCAAGUUCUGACAAUAAUUUAAUCAUUACUGGGAGUUUGAAUGGUGAAGCAAAUAUAAUUACGACACAAAAUGGAAAAAUUGCUGGAACUCUGUCAACUGUGCAAAAUGCAUCAGCCUCAACAGCAGCAGCAUCUGAUGAUGAUGACGAUGAAAGUCGUGAAAUGAACACAAUUGAAUCUGUGGCAUUUUGCAAAGAUAGUAGUUUAUCUCUUGCUGCUGCAGGCAAUUUAAAUGGUGUACUCUGUAUUUGGGAUGUGUCUAGACAGGUUGCCAGACAUUCAAUAAAACAGACCAGUGGAAUCAGUAGGCUAAUAUGGGACCGCAAUCCCCAUUUCUUAUAUGCUGGAUGUCUUGAUAGUUCUGUAAAAUUAUAUGAUGUAAGAAGUGGAGAAAUAGUUCGUGAGUUUUUGGGUCAUCGAAGAGAUAUUUUAGAUAUUGCGAUUUCUAGGGAUGGAAACAAACUGCUUGCUACAUCAGAUGACAAAUCAGCUAGAGUAUUUUCAACUACAACUGUUGAUAGAUAAUCAUGUGUAAAUACUAUGUUUUUACGGAACAAACUGACUGGGGUCAGAUAUGUAUACAUGUAUAAAAAUUGAGUUUGUUAGUAUUGGGUUGUCAAUACUGGUUCAAAUAUUGAAUUUUUUUUUUAUGUUCUUAUAAAGUGAUUUCUUGAUGAAAUUAAAGAACCAUAAAGUGUAAGUGUAUUUUGUUUUUGUAAUUAUCCUAAUAAUCUUUUAAAAUCUUGUUGGUAUUGGGAAAUAAUAUUCAUUCAAACAAAUCUAGUAGCAAACUAUUUAUAUCCC